AUGGCGAAGGGAGACGAAGGAGGCAUGAGCGACGAAGAGAAGGAAAUCGACAUCGAAAGCGACGAGGUAAAUUAAUUUUUCUCUCUGUGAUUGCUUAGGAAGUCACGAAAAAAACGAUUUUGUUCGAAUUUGUUUGAUUCUGUUCAGGAGGGAACCGAAAAUGUCGAAGAAACUCAAUUCAUGACCCAGGUAAGUUUUGUGUUUUGGUGUCAAAUUACGCGUGCAAAAUUAUCCACAUGGAAAACCACGUGUUUUUGUUUUGACCGCUUUAUUUUUUCUUAGAGUUUUUCCUUGGUUAAUCGGUAAGACUGGCUUUCAGAAUAGACUAAUAUCGGUUGAAAUAUCGUUGAAAUCUUUUAGAAUCACGGUUUUACCAUUUGUGUUGGCGUCACGCUAUCAUGGAACUUUGCCAUGUUGAUUUACGAUUGAAUAUUUUAUGAGAGUCGAGAAUGCGCGUCGCAAUGAAUUCUCUAAGUAGGUUUUGUCUGCAGGUCUCUUGUGAUAUUGUAACUAAACUAUGUUCCACUUUAUUUUUGUAGGCCGAUAAGAGGGCUCACCACAAUGCCCUAGAAAGAAAGCGAAGAGAUCACAUAAAAGAUAGUUUCGCCCAUCUACGAGAUUCGAUACCGUCCCUUCAGGGAGAGAAGGCAAGAUUGCGAAAUGCUUUCCUUUCCAUCUGCAAAUUUAAUUAGUUUUAAACUGCUCCGCUAGAAACUAGCAUACUCUGCGUAAUGAAUCAGUGUUAGAAGCGCUAGAUUUCCUCUGGUAACCCUCAUCUGUAUCACUGGAAAUCCGAAUCGAACAUCAAAGUGACCAUCGUUUAGCGACCUUACAAGUAAAAAUUUCAUAAUAUUAAUUUUAUCCCGGUUCAUGCGGAUACGAAAUUAUUUAUUGUUUAAGAUUUUGACCUCAGGUAGAAGAUUAUAAAGUUUGGUGAAGUGUGCAUCCAAAGCGAAACUGAAAAUAAUAUUUUUUGCCUGUUCAUCACUUUCAAUGUUGAUGAUUUUCACUUCACUCAGAGGAAUAAAUAUGCAAGUCCACUAAUUAGAUUGUGUUGUGACGGCUUGCCCGAACAGGAAGAUACACACUUGAUUGAACAUGUCUAACUGAUAAUUUUGUGAUUGACUGAUAAAUGUCAUAUUGGCGGGAUUUUUACUGACUCUGUUGAUUUAGCAUAUGAGAAAGUCUCUCCUAACAUCUGUCAAAUUGCCACCAGUCUUUGAGGCAGACACAUUUCAGUUAUUUUUGCAUGAGAUCAUUUCUCUUGCCUUGUCAAGUUGCUGUAUUUGUUCUCUAAAAUCAUGAGAUUUACCAUUUCGCUCAAAAACAACCUGAAAAGAAUUUAUCCCUUCAUUAUCAAACCACUUUCACAUGCAGUGGUGAUUAGAAUAAAUUACAUUUAUAAUAUUAAUAAUAAUAAAUAGUAGUGAUCAAAAUAUUAUGAAGAAAAUAUCGAUAAAUGUUUUACAAUAGGCAUCAAGAGCACAGAUUUUAAACAAGGCUACAGAUUACAUACAAUUCAUGAGAAGAAAAAAUCAUACACAUCAAGUGAGUGUAGUCAUAUAUUGCAGUUUGGGGAAAUCUUGUAUCUCUUGGACUAUGAGUUGAUGUUAGGAAUUUGAUCUUUUACUGAGAAACUCAGGAAAUCAUGAACACGGCAAACAUCUCUAGAAUUUUGUUUUGUCUACAAAAACAAGACUAUUGUCGUGAGUAAACCAAACUGUGAGCAUUAGUGGUUGAAGUUCAUCAUUUUGUGGUUUUGAGGUUUGUUUACUUGUCAUGAUCUCUAAGGUGAUAAUCGACGAAAUGUGAAACAUUCCCAAUGUAUCUCAGGUGUUGAGAUUUUGUGAGCUUGACAAUGGCUUCCUUUGUUAAGUUAUCAGCGCAUCACUAAGAAUAAACAGACUUUAGGGUGCUUAUGUUAAACUUAAGAAAAUUGCCUUCAGGCAGAAAAUAAUAUGUGGAUGAGGUAGACAAAUAUGAAAACUUCUAGAAGGAUAAGGAUGGAAAGAGUGGGUGGUGUUAAACUUGGCACAGGAUGCAAAAUGAAUUAAGAUUUUGAAACUGAAUCUUUCAGGGUUUGCUUCCUAACAAGCCGCAUGAAUGUCACAUUUCAAAAGCGUUGAACACUAAAAAUAUUUUUUCACCUAAGAUGAGGCAGGUUUUUGAAGGCAUCCUCAUCCCUUCUUAAAAUAUCUUUCACAGUUUUUAUUAACAGUUUAUUUUCUUUAUCAGACUGACAUUGAUGACCUCAAACGACAAAAUGGCAUACUUGACCAACAAGGCAAGUCAUGUGUGAAUGACGAAAGUUUGUUUAUUCCGUUUUCUUUUUGAUAAAUGUUUUUCACAAGUUCUCCUACUUUCUUCUUAACAUGAAGAUUGGAUAGAGGAUCAACUUUUCAAUAUACCAUUGCUGAAAUAAAAUCAAUUAGUUAUUGUGUUUCUUUCUUUUACAGUUCGUGCUCUGGAAAAAGCUCGCAAUUCAGGACAACUUAGUAUCGAUGCAACAACUGCUCUGCUGUCGUCCACAGAUAAUAUCCUCAGUACUUCACCAUCAGGAGAUGGGCUCCUUGAUGGACAACUGAAACAAGACCCAAGCUCCCCUUUGUCCAUCAAAGUGGAAAACAACAAUGCAGAGAUUACUUCAGAUGAUGAAUACAGUAACAGAGUGAAGAGGAGGAAGCGUGACAUUUAGUUUUGGAAAUUUUCUUCAGAGUUUGUAGGUGCUGGAAGGUUUUCUCCUAACCCUUUAACUCUCAGAAGUGAUUAACAUGGAACUUCUCCCUAUAAUAUCCAGACAUUAUCCUGCAAACGGGUAUCGAGAAAACUCCAACAUAGUAGGUAGAAGUUGUUAUCUUGAUCUAACACUAAAUUCUCAUAACUGAUUUACAAGGAAAUGUGUAAUAGCUAGAAGGGAGAAUUAAUAAUCAGAUCUUGGGAGUUAAAGGGUUAAUCAAACCGGCUGCAAAGUAGCUAGUCUAACACAGGUAGAUUUUUAAAUUUCUUUCUUAUUGUACAGUAUGUAAACUGCCUAAGCAUCUGGAAAAUUUGUAAUUUAGGGAUCUUGCCAAACUGUUGAGAGAGAAAUGUGUGGACCUUAUCAAUUGAUAUCACUUUAAUGUGAUGACGCUGACUUCUAGUUAGAUCACAUGCUCCUCUCCUCUGAUGUUGUGAAAACCAAGGUUCACCAAUAAUAACACCUUGUCAGAACAAAGGAAAUAUUGUAGGUAGCCAUCCCAGUAAGAGCUGGGCAUGAACUGAAGACAAACAAUUGCAAGUGCAGAAAAUGUGGGUAUAUUUGUCCCAUGCUAGGUUCAUGAAGGGCAGCCCAAAGUUACCUGGUGUAUCAGGUGUCAGCAACCUUUGCUUAUUAUGCAAUGUAAUAUCAAUUCUCAUAACUGAUGUUCAGGAAAUCUGUGUCAAGAUGUUAGGAGGGCUGUUUCUUUAAUCAAUGAUUGAGACUGUUAAAUCAGAUGCCUGAAGGUGUAAGCCAGCUUUUGUGUAUACUCAAUGUGUCCAUCACAAAAAAACAAUUUUUUUUAGUCAGGCCAUCGAUGCAAUCACACAACCUUGAGGCUUUCUUUUCUAAACUUUAAAAUUUCAAGUUAAGAUCUGUAGUGAGUUAAUCUUAAAUACUUCCAUUGCUUGUGGGGAGAUAAUACUUGAUCAAACACUUAAUUCUCAAGACUGGUAUUGAGAUCAGUUUCUCACAAACAGUAAAGAGAAUUGAACUUUUGGUCUGGUAUUGAUCUGAGUCAGCUGAUAUACAGCUUUGACAAGCUACAUUCACAUGUUCCUUUUAAAAAAAAAUAAGGUGACUAAAGAAUGAUGUAAUGAAUUCUGCUGGAUCUAAGUUUUGUUCUGAUGUUAUGGGUUGGUUCUGCCGCUAAUUUAUGCUUUUUCCUUGUAAAUUUGUAAAUUAUUCCUGCACAUUUUUAAUAUGGUUUUCAAUUGCUCAGAAAUUUGAUUAGGUGCUGUAUGGGAAUUGUCCUUAAGAAAUAAUCUGGUCACUGAUAUAUUUUCAUUAAUCCUUUCACUUCCAGAAUUGAUCAAGGAGUAACUUCUCCUCACAAUAUCAAUAUGAUAUCAUGCAGCCUAGUUAUGAGAAUUAAGAAAAGUAUGAACAAAAGAUAUUGUUUGAUUUACCACCAAAUUCUCAGAGCUACAAGUAUGAGUAAUGUAUAACAGGCAGUGUGGAGAAUUGUCAGUUAGAUAUUGGGAGUGAAAGGGUUAAAUUGAAUUUAACUAUCUUGUCCAAUAACAGUCUGUAUAUGUAGCAAGUGAAGGAAAUUACAAAAUAUAGUGUCUGUUUUAAUAUAAUUGUACAGUUGUGUUUACUUUAUUCUUGUUUUUGUCUUUAUUUUGGGUCAGGAUCUAUGAUCACUGAAAUCUUUUUUUUUUUUUUUUUUUUUUUUAUGAAACCACUGGAAUGCAUCAAACAUUUUCAAGCAAAAAACAUGUUUAGUUUCUUGUUUAAAAAUCAUCGGUACUCUGCUGUUUUUACUGGAGUGUUUAACUCUGUGUGAAUCCAAUUUUACCUUCUCAGCCUCUGCACAAAGUUGACAAAUUUAUUUUUGAUUGGAAUUUUCUUUGAAAAGCAGUUUGAAAUAUGAAUAAUUGAUGCUCUAAGAUGGAAAGGUAUUAUCAGAAAGAGAGCUUGUUACAAACAUGACAUUUUGAUGAAAGUUGUGAACAUCUCAGCAUUGGUCACUUUUUUUUUUAGCAAACCAUCACUGAUGCAUUGUAAAUCCUUAGUAUGCUUUGCAGCAAUUUUCUAGGAUAUCACGCAACACUACUUCUCUUAGAAGGCUCUUCCCUGGCUGAUGUUGUGUGACAUUUCAAAGGAGACUACCUCAUCAGCAUUUCAAACUACAAUUUGAACUAAACCUUCCAGUAUCCUCCAGGCACAUCUUCUAAUGUUGCUCUCCCUUUCUCUGUGCCUUCACCCAUCAGUAAAGCUUAUCUGCGUUAUACUGAUUCCCCAUGGUUUCUGCCCCUGCUCCCUGACUCCCGCAAGUUCACAAUUGUCCUACUUUUGGCCAUUGUUUCCAGACCCUCUCUAACAAUCACUUCUUCCCUAAAUUAAUACUCCCUUUAUAAAAAUAUUUUGUUUUUAUUGCCUUCAAUUUGCCAGCUCUUAGCCUUGAAACAAUCUUUUACAUUUAGUUCAUUUCCCCAACUCAUUCCACACCCUCCCCUCCCCCUAAAUCACUGGCCUGUCGAGGUGCUUGUUGGUUGUAGGAGAAAGCCUGGAACUGACAGGGAGAGUAAAAAUGGCGGACGAGAAGGCAAACGGAGAAUUUGCGGAGGAGGAGGUAAAAGCUGAAGAGUACAAAUUAGAGGCAAAUAAAUAUUUCAAAGGUAGGCCUUGAUCAGUGAGGAGGCGAUUUUUUUACUUAAAAACUGAACGAUUGACAGGAAACGGGUGUCUCGAACUGAACUCAGCAAAAAAUUUUUUGAAAGCAUGCAUGAUACCGAAAUAUGUUUAUGCAACCGGCCGGUAUUUUUAUUUGGAAAAGUAAAAGGAAACAUGCAUCUGUUUUGUCUUAAUCAUGCCCACUGUUUUACUCCCUAAGAUUAAAAGUUAGUGUUAAACUUAUGCAACAUUCAGAUUAUUCAUCGUAAUUUUAUUGAUCUAGUGUAGUGUUCGUUUAUCUCACCGAUCAUCGAUCAAUUUCACAUCUGUAAAUGUAACUCUCUGUUUGAUUGAUAAAACGAAGGAAAACUUGACCUUUUUAGGAAUACAUUUUCGCAAACAUUUGUACAUUGGAACGGGCUCUCGGAUUCUCUGUUUCAACUUUGCAAAAAGGAUUCGUGAUAAUUGUAUAAAAACAAUUUUUAUGAGCUAAUUAAGAAUGAAAUUGAAGGAAACCUCAAAAUUUAAUUUUGACUUCGAGUGAGAUCGAACUUGAAUUUUUGUAAAAAUAAAACAAUUGGCUUUCGUUUCAGGAAUAUGCUAAGUAACUCAGCAAUCCUUUGACAGCAUAAUAUGUAAACUCAAUGAUUGGCCAUGGUUGUCAAGAUUCUCAGAAAUUUAGGUCUGGAAAAUUAUAUCUUAUAUUGUGUUGCAAGAACAAGUUCAUAAACUCUUAGCUCAGUAUCAUGAAACUUGAUAGGGCAAGUGGUAAUGUUUUAUCUCACAAGCCAUUUAUCUAGUAACCCUUUCAAUUGAGAUCUCAUCAGUAAUUCUCCUUACUGUCUGCCAUACAAUUCUUCUGAUUUCAGUUUGGGGAAUUUGGUCUUGUAUCAACCUAUAAUCUUAUAUCCUAAGCCUUGUUGAUAUUUUUUGUUUUUAUUAUUACUUGUCAGUUUGAUAUUGUAUUGAAAUGGUAAGGAGAAAUUCUGUCUUGGUCACUCAUAGGGUUAAAUGUAUCACUUGGCUGGAACUUUCUCGGAUAAAACUUGGAAAUAUCUGGUUAUAUUCCUUAAGCGAUUUCCCAGAUUUUCAAACUUGGGUCUAUUGUGAAUAAAGUCUUUUUCCAUUACAAGUUGAAUAGAGUUGAAGUGGCUCAGAAAAGUCAAAAUCUAUUUUGGAUGAAAACUAUGUGUGAAAGUUUAAUUAUACAUGCUUCCAAAAUAUUUAAAAGUUAAUGCACCCAGUAGUCAUUAUUUAGCCAGAUGCGCAGAUAUUUUCUCUGCCAUCCAAAAUAAAUUACUUUUUGAAACAGAUAUUGUCUGUGUACAAAUAUCCAUCCAUGUUUUUUGCCUGAAAUGGAGGCUAAUGUUCAUGUCUGUCCAAUGUAUGUAUUCAUCAAUAUUUACAUUUUUUUCCUCCAUCUUAUUCUAGAGGGGAAGUAUGAUGAGGCUCUUGAUCUUUACUCCAAAGCUAUAGAGUUGAAUCCUAAAGUGCCAGCUUAUUAUGGAAAUAGAAGCUUCUGCUAUAUUAAGACAGAAUACUAUGGCUGUGCUCUUGAUGAUGCUAAUAAAGCAAUUGAACUGGACAAAAAGUACAUAAAGGUAUCAUGUUAUUGCCAUAAUGACAAUAUCACAACAGGUGUUUUACUAAGAAGCUUUUACACCUUGGGUAUAAUCUUCAAUUGCCUUACAGAUCAAAGUUGUUGAUCUUUCACCAGAUUAUGCCUACCAAUCUUGGCCAAAUCUCAUUCCUAAUAAAAUAUGUAUGACAUACAUAAUGAUAUCCUAAAAUGUUACUUUUUCCAAAAGUAUGGAAAGGGAUGUAAGCUUAAAAACAAUUCAGAAAUUAUAAGAUUUUGCUCCCCUGAAAACCUUCAAUUUUAGAAGGGAAAAUUCUUAAUUCCUCUGCCUAUAAAUUCAUACAAAUGACUCGAGAAAACUGGCAGGGAAAGAAUCUUUCACGUCAUCAACUGUUUUUGUAAUUCUAUUCGUCACUGAGGGCACUUUAACAAAACACAGCACCUGCUUAUUCAAGUUAGGGCUCAAGAAAAAUGAAUUAAACAUUUAUAUUUAUUUGGUGACCAAAUUCUAUUAAUAUUUGCCUUCUUUCAUUCUCUAUUGAAUCAAAAUGUAAUGGCAAAUGUUACUAGAGAUAAUGUACAAUUGUUUUUUUUUUCUUCUGAAUUUUAGGCAUAUUACAGAAGAGCAUCUGCAUAUAUGGCCCUCGGAAAAUUCAAACUAAGCCUCAAGGAUUAUGAAAUGGUAGGUAGAUAUCCUGAGUAACCCUUUGGCUCUCAGAAGUGAUAUACAUAUUAAUUCUCCUUGCAAUUCCAAUAUGUUAUCCUGCAGACAGGUUAUGAGAAUGCAUAUGCUUAUCAGUGAGACUUGUGAUCCUGAUGUAGCUCUUAAGUCUCCUAUCUAAUUUACAAGCACAUUUAUGGCAGUCUGUUGGGAGAAUAUCACUCAUUGGAUUUUGGAAGUUAAUCUUUUACACCUUAUCAUCAGAAUCCAAAUUCUCUAUACUGUUCUCCAUACAUUUUCUAAGGUGCUGACAAGGAGAAUUUGUUUAACAAUCAAGAUGUUCUUAAUGUUCAAUUCAGGGGUGAUAUUGUAAGAAGAAAUUAGGUUCUUGUCUUACUUAGAGGUUGAAGGUAAAAGGUUAACUGAGAAAUACUAGACCAUGGGAAAACUUGACUUAAACCAAGUCGUGAUCAGGUCAGUUUUACAUGUGUUUAGUGAAAAGCAGCUGCAAAUUUUCACAGAGAGCAAGGAAGAAAACCAAUGAAUUCCUAGAUUACUUUUGACAAUCAGUUGAAAAUUGGCAUCAUUUGUCCAGACAAGAGACAAUUAUGUCUGCUCAAGUGGUGUCAUGCAAAUAAGACUGGUCAGAUGUAAAAUAUCAGUUGCGUCACCUAGUACAGUGCAAACAUGAAGUUGAAAUUUAAAUCUCUGUGAUAAAAUGGUUAAGAAAGAACACUGUUCAAAUAUAUUUUCUGCGUGGUUGAAAAACAGUUUUUGCCUCUUCAAAGGUGAAGAAAUUUAGACCAAAAGAUAAAGAUGCCAAUCUGAAGUUCACAGAAUGCAAGAAGAUUGUACAAAGACAAGCUUUUGAGAAAGCUAUUGCAGUGGAUGACAGCAAAUCUGUGGCUGAUUCUUUAGAUUUAGAUUCAAUGGGUAAGUGAAUUUAGGAACAAAAAAUCAAAGGUUUACUUUAAUAUGGCCCAAUUCAGGAAAAUGAUAAUGAAGUCUGCCAUGAUUUUAUGACAGCUUUUUCAGUAAUACCCCUGCUGAGUCUGGGAGUUUGAUACAUGACACAAAGCUGUUAUUGAUGUGUUCAUCACUAAACUCCCUAAAUGAAUACAGCUCUCUGAUGACUGUAUUUUGCUCAAGAAACAGCCAUACAGACAGAUACGGAGCUUACAGAUUUCCACCUCUUCCCCAAAAUUGUCUAUUUCAUUUGCCUUUCCACAGACUAUGAGCAGUCCUUUGGCAAAGUUGUUGCAUGAGUCCAAAAAUAGCAGUGAAAAAUUUUUAUGGAUUUUUUUAAAAAUUGAUGCCAUGUAUUUAUGAUCUUAGCUCGGCAAUAGUGGUUUGGCAAGCUAAAAUUAGUUUUUAUCUAUUGUAAAUAUUAUUAAUGAGCUAUUUAUAAGGCAAAAAUAGAAUUACCCUGAUGACGAUGUAGCAUCGCAGACAUUUGGUUUUUACCUCCUAACAAUUUUUUUGCCUUGUAAAUAGCUCAUUUUUAAACUUAAGCAAACUUAAUGGACUUAUUUUUCAAAAUUGCUUUUGUUGACUUUAGUGGUUGAAGAUGACUACGAUGGUCCAAGAUUGAGUCCUGAGGGAAUCACUAAGGAAUUUGUAGAGGAUCUAAUUGAAAGAUUUAAAGAUCAGAAGAAAAUACACAAGAAAUAUGCAUACAAGGUAGCAUUUUGUUCUUGUUUGGUGGAACGAAAGGUGGUAUUUCUGUGCACCUAUAUGCUCAUUCUGACAGUUUUCUGUUAACUCUAUUUUACUCCGAAAAGUAAUUAACCCUUAAAUUCCCAAGAGUGACCAAGACAGAAUAUCAAUUACGGGAUUACUAAUCAAUCCCAUACCAAAUUCUCCAAACUAAUACAAUCAGAAUCAUUUGGCAGACAGUAAGGAGAAUUACUGAUGAGAUCUUGGGAGUUAAAGGAUUAACAUGUAAAUUCUUGGUGGGAGAACCAGUAGCUUAAUGGCCAGUGCACUGGACUCCGGAUCAAGUGGUCUGGGUUCAAGACCUGAUCAAGUAUUAGUGUUGUGUUCUUAAGCAAGACACUGAUCUACUCUCACAGUGCCUCUCUCCGUCCAGGAGUAUAAAUGGAUGCCAGCAAAUUGUCAGGGAAGUUUGAUGAAAUGCUGUUAGGUAACCUUGUGAUGGAAUAGCUUCCCAUCCAGGGGGGAUUAGCAGUGCCCCUAGUUGCUUCAUGGUAAGGAAACCAGGAUAAGCUCCAGCUGGGUGGGCCAACAGGCUCGAGUACAGACUGUACCUUUUCUCCCUUAAUAUCCAUAAAUUAUCUUGCAAAUGGGUUUUGAGAAUACUUACACUCAUCAGAAGUUGUUAUCUUGAUCUAACAUAAAAUUACCCAAACUAAUUUACAUGGAAAUGUGUAGCAGAUAGAUGGGAGAGUUAAUAAUCAGAACUUGGAAGUUAAAGGAUUAAUGAUUUCCCAGCACACUGUUUGUUUCUAGAAUUUCCAUUUUCCUUUUUCAGAUUUUAGUAGAGGUUAAAAAGAUAUUUGAGAAACAGCCGUCAAUGGUUGAAAUUUCUAUCCCAGAGGUAAGUCUCUAACUUUGAUGUAAAAAUUCACCAGAGAAGAUACUAAAACACCUAUUUCUGCUUGUUUGGAACAUUUUGCUAAUUUAUUUUUAAUGUGUUCUCAAUACUGAUUUUAUGGUUUUUCUGUUUUCUUCACAGAAUGGAAGAUUCACAGUGUGUGGUGACAUACAUGGGCAGUUUUAUGAUCUUUUAAAUGUCUUCAAUCUAAAUGGAUACCCUUCUACUGAAAACCCUUAUGUAUCUUUUUUAUUACUAUCCAUGAAUUUCUUAGUUUCAAAAAAAUCAAGUGAAAAAUUACAACAUUUGAUAUCAUGUAUUUUAUUAAACGAAGGUGAACAUCAUUUUUGCAUUAAUGAACACCACUUAUUAAGCAGUAAUGAAAAUAAGGCCUGAAAAAAAUCAAACCUGUUGGGGAGUUAAACCCAGGACCUCUACAAUACCAGUGCAGUGCUCUACCAACUGAGCUGAUAAGCCAACUGGGUGCUGGUCAUUUUUUUGGGUUGUAAUAAACCUGUGAGGUGACGAAUGAAUGGCUGUGAAUCUAUGAAAGUCAUUAAUAAACAAAAGUGAGAGUGAUCUUUGCAGUAAUGAACACUGCAUAGUGAAAAUAGAGCCAGAAAAAAAAUUAGGCUUAUACGGAGUUGAACCCGUGACCUCUGCAGGGCUCCUCUAACUGAACUUUCAAGCCAACUGGGAGCUGGUAGUGUUUAUUACUGUCAAGAUCACUCUUGUGUUUGUUCAUCAAUCCCCAGUUCAAUUAUUUGAUAUUUAUAUAUUUGUAUUUUUUCAAUACAUAUUGUUUUUAUCUUUCUGAUUUUAUUUCAAAUUUGUACAGGGUCUGUUACCUUCACAUUAAUGUUUUGAUGACAUGAGCAAAACAUGCAGUUUCAUAAACUAUAUACUAUUUGUAGAGCUUUGGAAUUUUCAACCCCUUAAAGGUUGCAAAUUUCUCACCACUUCAGAAAUUGUUAAGAAAUACUUAGGUUAAGAAAAGAGUGAAAGGUGAUUUCAAGUUGUAGCCAGCAGAACCGGUGUAAUUUUGGCAACAGAGUACUCAGUAUUUUCCUGGUAAAAAACUAUCGCUGCAAUUUUUUAUUUUUGCACCAGUGGAAAGCUGGGGAGAGGAAACAUCUUGUAUCAAGGGGGUGAGUGACAAUCUAAAGGAAGGAGAGGGGGAAGGGUGGGGCAAUUAGACACCUGCACUGCAAUCUAUGAAUUACAUAACAGAUUAAAGUUUUACUUGUUGGGUUCAAAAAAAGGCAUUUUUCCUUCACAAAACCAUAGCUAUUUAAUGGAGACUUUGUUGACAGGGGAUCAUUUUCAUGCGAAGUCAUUUUUACACUUUUCAGUUUCAAACUUUUGUAUCCUGAUCACUUUUUUAUGUCACGAGGUGAGUGAUUCUUAUUCAAAUUUUUAAUUAAAUGAUCCUUGUAGGUGGAAUUCAAUUAAAGAAAAAGCAGAAAAAGUAAGCUGCAAAAAAUUUAGACUAUUAUGUGAUUUCCAACAUUACCGAUUGAGCUAGGAUUCCGCAAGAUGGGUGUGAGGCAAACUUUAGUUGGUAUUUUGUUUUCUUCUUGUGACUCCAGUUGGCUUUUAAAGAGGUAGCACAAAUAGACAAACUGGUUAUCAAGAGUCUGUAUCUUGAAGCAAUGCUAUGGUCUCCUCAUUAAAUUUUUAAGGAGAUAUCUAGCUGAUGGUUGGGAGAAUUACAGACUAAGUUGGGGUGUGUAUUCUCUUGAUCAGUAAUAACCUGUAUCAUCUUCAAUGAGUUACAUUUAGAGAGAACAAAUAAAUAAAGUUAUUAUCAAGAGGCUGUAUCUUGAAUAAAUGCUACGUUCUCCUAAUCAAUUUUUUAAGGAGAUAUGUAGCAGGUGUUAGGGAGAAGUACAGACCAGAAUGAGGGUGUGUUGUUUUUAUCAGAAGUAACCAGUAUCGUUUCCAUUCAGCUGCAUCGACCAUUUUACCUUUUACUCCUAAGAGUGACAAGCAUCUAAUUUCUUCCAACAGUAUCACCCCUGAAUCAAACAUUAAGGUUAUGAGAAUAAGAAGCUCUUGAUUGUUAAACAAAUUCUCUUUGUAAAUACUGUAGGAAAUAUAUCAAGAACGAUCGUGAACAGUAUAGAGAAUUUGUACACUGAUGUUAGGGUGUAAAGGGUUAAGACACAUUGUACGAUCGAUAAAUUUUAACAUUAAAUUUGUAAGUAUUCACUUUUUUCACAGGUAACCACGAAAGUGUCUACAUGAACCAAAUGUAUGGAUUCGAAGGAGAAGUGAAGUCAAAAUAUCCUUUUGUACCAAUCUGUUGUCCACUUUCAGUAGUUUUUCCGAUGUGUUUUCGAUAAAAGUUUUCCUUCGGAAAUGUGUAUUGAUCUUAACAUUGUGUUACAUAUACUGCCGAUAUGUCUGACCUCUUUACAGAAGUGUACAACUGGUUGCCUCUUUGUCACCUUAUAAACCAGAAAGUGCUGGUAAGGCAGUUUGAUUUUCAGGUAGCGUGGGGACAGGCUCUCACUUUUGCGUUACAGGACACGUUAGUGUCCGGACACGCUAUUAGUGUCGGGGGGCCUGGCACUAAUAACUGUCAAUGCAAGAUUCCUCUUUGUCGUCUUUCUAGCUCGCAUGCUUAAGACUUUACUCUCUCCCACAAGCACAAAAGAACGCUUGUGCCAAAGCACCGACAGUGGGGGUUGGCUCGUAAGAUAAUUUUGAGGUUUUAAACUGAAACUAGAAGCACGUUUGCACGUGCUCAGGCACGUGUAAACGCUCUCGUGGUAAAAUCUAGGUCUUCCGACGGCUUUUUCACUUAUUGUGCUUCAAAAUUUCAAAUUUGUCAUGUGAAAGGCAUUUAAAAAGCAUAUGAAAAAUGUAGUGUAUUUUACAUAGUUUUUCACAUGCUAUUUGUCAAAAACAUGGACUUACACGUUUGCUCGAGAGCCAGAGUAAUUAAAUUCCGAAAAAAAAUUCAGCCUCCACUUUGUGUUUUCUUUCCGGAGGUUAUGCAUGGCGGAUUGUUUAAAAGAGAUGAUGUUAAGCUUGAUGAACUGAAAACUAUCGACAGAAAUAGACAGCCUGGAGAAGAAGGUAAAUACCACAUAACUUGGUUUGAAGUAUUCGGUUGGUUAGGAUUUCAGUGAAUCUAUUGAUCAGUUGAGUUGAUAACGUAAAUUGGCCACCGUAAAUAGUUUCAAAGCUGACGUUUCGAGCGUUAGCCCUUCGUCUUAGCGAUAGACGAAGGGCUAACACUCGAAACGUCAGCUUUGAAACUUUUUACGUUGGCCAAUUUACGUUAUCAACUCAAUUGAUAAUACUAAAUUACCUUGCUAUACUCUCCCACCAACGCAGCACCACAGUUUCUUUAGAAACUUACCACCUCUAUUGAUCAGCUAGUUAGGGAAUCAUGAUCACUCUGUCGGUCAGUCAUUCAGGUAGUGGGUCAGUCAGCUGACCAGUCAGUCAGCCAGUCAGUCAGUUAGUUAGCUAGUCAAUUAAACAGUCAGUCAGUCAGUCAGUCACUCAGUCACUCAGUCACUCAGUUAAUCAAUCAGUCAGUCAGCUAGUCAGUCAGCCAAUCGCUCUGACGAAGGGCUAACGCUCGAAACGUGAGUCUUUUGACUCUUUACGAUGGCCAAUUUACGUUUUCGACUCAGUUGAUAAUACUAAAUUACCCUGUCAUACUCUCCCACUGACGCAGCACCAAAGUUUCUUUAGAAACUUGCCCCCUUUAAUCAGUCGUUCAGUCAGUUAAUCAAUCAGUCAGCCAGUCAUUCAGUUAGUUAAUCAAUCGGCCAGUCAGUCGUUCAGUUAGUCAAUAAGUCAGCCAGUCAGUCAAUCAAUCAGUCAGUUAACCACUGAGCCAGUCAGCCAGGUAGUCAGUACAAUGUGAGUUAGUAGUAGAGUCAGUCAGUCAAACAACACAUCUCCAACUGAUAAUCCUAUUAUUAUUGCUCUAUUCUGCAGGCCUGAUGUGUGAAUUGUUAUGGUCGGAUCCGCAGCCAGAGGUAUGGAUUCGUCUCUUGUAGAAAAGAUAUACUUCAAUUUGCCUUGAAUUUUCAUCUCCUCUUGCACAGCUUAACCUUCAUAUUACCUGUAGAGACGUUGAAUAACACUGAUUUAUCAUUCCCCACAGCCUGGUCGAUCACCAAGUAAGCGUGGAGUUGGUGUACAGUUUGGCUCGGAUGUAACGGAACAAUUCUGCAAAAAUAACAAUCUUGGUGAGUCCCUCUUUUGUUUUGUAUAAUUUUGUUAGAAUCAAAGCAAAUGUGCUUCUGGUAAUGGUUACCAGGCUCUUCCGCGCUUGUAGUAUUUUCCUUGUUUCUGCUUUGAUUUUUUUAUGGUGCUAAUUUGUUGUUGUGAUAAGUUUUAAUUUUGUUUCUACCGAUUUUUGUUUUGCUGUAUCACAGAAUACAUCAUCAGAAGUCACGAGGUUAAGCCGCAAGGCUACGAGAUCGCACACGAUGGAAAAUGCAUCACCGUCUUUUCCGCUCCAAAUUAUUGGUCAGUUGAGUGGAUGAUUUCUGAAAAGACAAGGCCACAAAUGCGAUUCUUUCACGCUUUGAACCCUUUAACUCCCAUAAAUGACCAAUACAUAAUUUCUCCCUACAAUAUCAAUACAAUACUAGGUAGAAACGUGACGAGAAUUUGGUGAAAAUAUAAAGUAGGAGAUUAUGCAUUAAUUCAAAACCAAAUUCUCAGAAUCGAUAUCAUAAAGAGUCACAUGGCAGACAGUAAGGAGAAUUACUAAUGAGAUCUUGGGAAUGAGAGGGUUACCUCCUCCCCCUUAAAAUACUUGUGGUUGUCAAGUUUGCUUACAGUGUAGUUCUCAAGAGUCUAUUAAAAGCCAGUUACUGGUGGUCUACCGCCGCCUAGAAGGCCUCUUACUGCCGUCUAUUAAGCCUGCGCAAGCUCUCGUGUUUGGGUUUCACCAUAGCCCUUUAACUCCCAAGAUCUCAUUAGCAAUUCUCCUUACUGUCUGUCAAAACUGAUAUUUUUCUUUAUUCUCAUCACUUCUAUACUUGAUAUUGUAUUGAUAUUGCGAGGAGAAAUUCUCUCUUAGUCAUUCUCCGGGCACAAUCGCCUAUUACAUCAUCGGCAGCUGUGUAUGGUAAAAGUCAUUGAAACAACUGUUAUACUUGCGUGACAUUCUUUCGCUGCGCACUGCAGUUAAGAACAGCACAACCCAACGCGUUAAUAUAACAUGCGUAAUAAUUCAAAACGAGAGGAAAAAUUGUAUGCAACCUUACUCGUCUUCGAGGAAAUGGAAAUUUGUUUGCUACUUUGUCGGUUUUUUUUUUCUUUUUUUUUGGAUGUGGGAACUAAACUCGCGCGUGAAGUUACCCGUAGUAAGGGCGUGCAAGGCACUGAAGAGUUUAUGGUAACGUUUUGUAACCAAAAAUUUGUUAGUGGAGAAUUUAAUGUUUAAAAAAUACUUAGGAAUGUUUUUUAGUGUAUUGCUACCUUUGCAGCUUUUUAUUCUUUACUUUUCUUUAUCCUUUUCCUUAUUUAACGUGAGUUUACUUUAACAGUGAUGAAAUGGGAAACAAAGGAGCGUUUAUCACAAUGGGAACAGACACGAAACCUAACUACACAACAUACGAUGCUGUGGUAAGUUCAAGGUUUUGAUUUUGUUAUCGUCAUCCUGACGGCUGGAGGGGAGGGGGGGGAAGCGGGGAUACCCUGGUUAUUUGGGUAACAUGCCCCAGGGGUAUUUCAACUCCUCUUCUUCUUUUUUCGUACUCAGCCUCACCCAGACGUGAAACCCAUGGCUUAUGCGAACUCAUUGAUGUCUAUGUUUGGAUUCAUGUAACUGGUAUGAGAGUUCCACCCCAUAACUUAACUGCAGACACCUCCCGCCUGGUUGACUUCGUGACACGUGACAUGGCAUAUCUACUUCAAUCGGUCAAGCAAACACAAGCGCCCUCAUUUAAAUCAUUUAUACGGUUUGUGGAAUCGUUUGCCACGUGAAGAACCUUCCAUGUUCAUUAUAUAUCCACAAGGUGCGAACUGGCUUCCUUCAUCAUUGAACAUCCUGUGACUGUUACAUAAGUGGUCAACCCGAUUGACCCUACAGAACGAUAUUUUGUCGAAAUUCCUCCACCAGGCUUGGUCGGUCACCAAAGUAACGCGAACAGUUGUCCAACUCAGUGACUGAUUUUAUUGAUGAGACAUUCUCUUCCGAAUAAAAGUUUCAGAAGAUUUUUUGUUUCCUCGUCAUGUUGAGGGAAAAUUUCUAUUGAGUGUCACAAAAGAUUAGGAAUUGUAUUGUUUUGGCGUUCCUUCACUAUGUGCUCGGUCCAGAAAACUCACGCUACUCUCUCAACCAAUCAAAUGUAAAACUUACAGCCAAAUGAAUCUUGGCCACUCGCGUUUUCCCGCGCUUUUUACCUAUAUUUGCAUUGAAUUCUGAUUGGCUUCUUGUGGUAUUCACCUUUCAGUUGAUUGGCUGUUAUGAUUACGUAUACUUUUAUUUAGAUUUACGACACACACUCAAUCGAGAUGCCAUCUCCGCAGUUUUUUCUUAAAACAGAAAAAAAAACCAGCCUUUGAAACUAGCAUUUUCCACGAAAUUAUCAAUUUAAGACUACUUCUGUUCAAGAUGCGAGAAUUUGAAGACAUACCUGAUUACUAACAUUGCGAACUGUAAACAAUAAACGUAAAUUUCG